AGCAUUUGAGAAAUGUAUAGGUGUCACAUUUGUAGAUCCUUGCACAAUGCACCUAAUGCAUUAAUUCAACAUCUUAAAUUUUUUCAUGGGCUAUACCCAGGCAAAAAAUUUGUUGUUAUUUGUGCCCAAGAUGCAUGUUCGUUACAGUUCAAAAGUUUCACAGGUUUUAGAAAACAUUUAAAUAGUUUUCAUAGUAUUGUUAACAUAGGCACAAAUCCUGAUUUUCCAAAGCCACGUCAGUCAGAUGCUAUUGAACAUGUAUCCCAGGAAGGUGUGCCUGACAUGGUUGAAGAGGCACCUUCAACAUCUUUUAUGUCCAAUGAGCAGGCAAAAGACAUGUGUGCUUCAGUGGUGGCAAAGUUACAGGGCAGUGGUGUUUCCAACAAUGUUGUGUUGUCUGUUGUUGAAAGCAUGGAGGACUAUGUCAAUGAGCUUCAUAAAAAACUUAAAGAGCAAGUGAUGAGUGCCGUGCCAUCUGAUAGUCCUUGUAGAAAUGCAGUGGAAGAGGUGUUUAGCAAUGUAUUUAAUCCCUUUAGUGAAUUAAACACAAACUCUAAAUGGACCAAGUAUUUUACAGAAAAAUGGGGUGUUGUUGAACCAGUUGAAAUUAAUUUGGGAGUGAGGUAUGAUUCAAAAAGAAACAAAAUAUCUGGAAUAUAUGAGCAAGUUCCUGUAAAUGACACUUUUAUUUAUGUACCUCUCUUUAAAACAUUGGAGUUCAUUUUCAAAAAUGCUGAAGUUUGUGGUCAACUGAAUAAAGCCUCCACUCUGGAUGACUUUUAUAAGGAUUUUUGUGAUGGCAAAUAUUACAAACAACAUCCAUUAUUUUCUAAAUCCAAAGGUGCUUUAGAAAUUCAAGUUUAUUAUGACGACUUUGAGACAUCAAAUCCCCUGGGGUCAAAACAAGGCAUUCAUAAGCUUGGAUGUCUGUAUUUUACAUUGCGCAACUUGCCACCAAGUCUAAAUUCCUCAUUGAUGAACAUCCAUCUAAUUUCAUUGUUUCAUUCUCAAGAUGCCAAAAAAUAUGGUAUUGACAAAAUUCUUGCUCCAUUCAUAGACGAUGUUAAAGUGCUAGAACAAAGUGGGAUGGAAGUGUCAUUUACUGAACAACCUCUCUAUGGCACCAUUGCACAAAUAACUGGAGAUAAUUUAGGUUUAAACUCAAUUCUUGGUUAUGUUGAGUCCUUCUCUGCAAACUACUACUGUAGAAUGUGUCUUACUGACAAAGUCUCUGCUCAAACGGUCUUCAGUGAAGAUGAUCCACGACUUAAGUUACGUACCAAAAUUACCAAUGAAGAGCACUACAAAUAUCUUGUGGACAAUCCAAGGGAAAAUUCAUGUUUUGGGAUCAAACGCAACAGCAUCCUUAACUCCUUGUGUUAUUUCAACAUAUCAGAUAAUUUUGUGUUGGAUAUCAUGCACGACAUCUUGGAGGGUGUGGCACAAUAUGAAGUUAAGUUGUUGUUUGAAUAUUUAAAUGAGAACUUUAUUUCUACUGAAACCAUACUUCAACGUGUUUAUGCAUUUAACUAUGGCUUCAUGAAUAAAAAGAACCGUCCAACUCGCAUAAACUUGUUUUGUACUGGUAUUGGGCUCAACGCCAGUCAGACAUUGUGCCUCAUUCGGAACAUUCCUCUGAUUUUUGGUGAUGUUGUACCAGAGGGUGACAGGCACUGGCAUUUGCUCUUGCUUUUGUUACACAUCGUAAAUAUUGUGUUUUCCCAAUGUGUUACAUAUGGCAUGACUGUAUUUUUAAAACAUCUUAUUGAAGAGCAUCACAAGCUGUUUGUGGACUUGUACCCACAAAAUAAUUUGAUACCUAAACAUCACUUUAUGAUACACUAUCCUGAGUGUAUUCGCCAAAUUGGACCCUUGGUACAUGUUUGGAGUAUGAGGUAUCAAAUCCAAAACUUUGACUACUGUAGAACAUGGUAACUUAAUUUCAGAGCAUUUUCAUAUUGAGAUGUCAAGUGAAAUGUAUUUCACAACUUGGGUCAAACAUAAUGGG